UGGUCGAACUCCACAGCCAUAUUAUGGAGAGGAUAGCCUGACCAAUUAACAUACCUCGGUGCGAUGCAUGCCACUACAAUAUAUAUAUGCUUCUAUCUGUCUGUGUCCUGUCCUGCGUGCCACUGACCCAGUCCUAUCAGCUACACCAUCUUAUUCGCUAUACCGAUCCCACGUAUGGAUGCUGUUCCUUGUUCUAUCGAUUGCGUUUUGCCCUAUACUGUAUAAUAUGGAAGGCUCUCAACCCCAUUCCGAUUCCCUUUUCAACUCUAUAUUUAACUGCUCCCUCAGUGCGCAAGCAAGAGAGUAGAAAGCUCAUAAUUGUGGUGGCUGUCGGUCGAUGUGGCGUUGCAUUGACACGACCGAUAGCAGCGCCUGCCGCUGACGCUGCGAAUGGUAGAGGAUGGGAGGUAAUUCGGGGCGGCGCGAGAUGUCGUCGACGCCGGAGAACGUGGUGGUGGUGGCGGUGCGGGCGGAGAGGGAGAUCUCGAAGACGGCCCUCGCCUGGGCCCUCACACAUGUGGUGCGCCCCGGCGACGUCGUGACGCUGCUCGCAGUCCUCGCAGACCGCGAGGCCACCGGCUGGCGCCGGUGGCUGCUCUGGGGCUUCCCCGGGUUCGGCGGGGAUCGCCGCAGCCGAGAAAGGUGUCCGAUUUCGGCCUCCUGCUCCCAGAUGGCGCUUCAAAUCGAUGGCCGCAGCGAGAUAAAUGUGAGGAUUAAGGUGGUGGGAUCGGAUCCAAAUGCCUCAGGUUCUUCGUCUUCGUCUUCCGGCGACCGCGGCGGUGGCGUGGUGGCUGCGGAGUCAAAGAGAGUUGGUGCCAACUGGGUCGUACUCGACAAACAGCUGAAACAAGAGGAGAAGCAUUGCAUGGAGGAGCUGCAGUGCAACAUAGUGGUGAUAAAAGGGUCCUGCGCAAAAGUGCUCCGACUCAACCUGGGCGGCAUCCACAACAAGCCGCUCCCUCCCUUCUCCUUGUCUUCUUCUUCUUCUUCGCAUUCUCCCAUCUGUAGUGAGAAGUAUCUGGACAAGAACUCUCGGCUGGCGAAGACCGCAAGCAGCCCUGUGGAGGAUGCAAAGAAGGCUUCACCGCGUCCGGAGACCAAAACGGUGGCAUUGAGCUCCAAUGCCGCACCGACUGCUUCGUUCUUUGUCCGUGAGCGCAACCCUCUCUUUGAGAAGCUCCACACCGGGAAUCUGACUCCUAUUGAGGACGUGGGAUCCGACGGUGAGGGCACAGCGGACUCGGAAGACAAUGGGGGAGGAAGCACUGGUUCCACUCCUCUGGGGUUGAAGCUUCACUACGAUGCAUUGCUUUCUUUGUCAGCUCGCGGAGGGUACCCGGGCUUCCACCUAGCGUCAGGGCCCGUGGCCGGACAACUCCGUCGAGCGGUCUACUGGAUCCCUCAAAACUACACACCAGAGAAAGCUCAGAUGAACAAUGCCACCAAAGCGACCCAGAAGAGCCCGCAAACGGAGAAGCACUUGAGCGGUGACCACCGUCUGAGAAGCCCCGGGGCAGAUCAGGAAUGCACCACUCCCUACAGCUCCGACGUGAGGGAGGCGGUCUCCUUGUUCGGGAGCUCCCCGUCGGUGCCCCCUCCUCUGUGCUCCCUGUGCCGACACAAGGCCCCGGUCUUCGGGAAGCCGCCAAGGCGGUUCACGUACCGUCAACUGGAGGUGGCCACCGACGGGUUCGCCGACGCGACCUUCGUGGCGGAAGGCGGCGGGGGACGCGUCCACAGAGGGGUCCUGGAGGACGGGCGGGUCGUGGCGGUGAAGCGGCUCAAGGCAACUAGCUGCGGCAAGGCGGCGGCGGCGGCGGAGGAGGAGGAAGAGGAGUUCUGCGAGGAGGUGGAGGUGUUGAGCCGGGCGCAGCACAGGAACGUGGUGAUGCUGGUGGGCUUCUGCGUGGAAGGGGCGACGAAGGUGCUGGUCUAUGAAUACAUCUGCAAUGGCUCCCUCGAUCUCCAUCUGUAUGGGCAAGCACAGCCUCCAUUGGAUUGGAUCGCAAGGAUGAAGACGGCGGUGGGCGUGGCGAGAGGGUUGAGAUACCUGCAUGAGGAUUGCCGGGUGGGGUUCGUGGUCCACAAGGACAUGCGCCCCAACAACGUUCUUCUCACCCACGACUUCGAGCCCCUGCUGGGGGACUUCAGGCUCACAAGAUGGCAAACAGAGACAUCUCGGUCCGUGGACACCAACGUCCCCGAAGCCUUCGGGUAUCUGGCGCCGGAAUACAUCGAGCACGGGAUCGUGACGGACAAAUCGGAUGUGUAUGCCUUCGGGGUGGUGCUGCUGGAGCUCAUCACCGGCAGAAGAGCACUGGAUACCAACCUGCCCAAGGGUCAUCAGUUCCUGGUGGAGUGGGCGAGACCUCUUCUGUCGCUGGCGUCCGAAGAUGGCCAAACGAUCGCCGUCGACCGCUUCCUCGACCCGCGCCUGGACCGGGACCAAGCACGCUUCUUCUCCCAGGAGCUGCGUGCCAUGGCACGCGCCGCUUCGCUGUGCCUUCGCCGAGAGCCGCAGUCGAGACCCAGCAUGUCCAAGGUGCUGAGAAUCCUGGAAGGAGACAGCAUCGUGGAUCAAGCUCUGGACGUCAGCUCCGUGGGCAGCAGAAGCGGCCGCAUCAUCCGUCCGGUUCUGCAACCAGACAUGGGCAUAUCAGGCAGCCUGUCCUACAGGUUUCCUCGAGAGGCUGUCGCCAGUGCUCUCUGCGCUGACAGAAGCUGGCCUACUGCUCUUUACGAGAGCAUGUAGAUCGAGUUACAGAGAUUGCCGCUGCCUCCGUUUCCAUCUCGAAGAGCAAACUGUGCGUGCCUUCACAAGGCAAAUGGUGUGAUGACUGCGAGAAGAACCAGCAAGGAAGAAGAUUCAGAAUAUGGCCUGCUGCUUGCCGGGUGAGGAAGCAAUCAGCUCAUCCCGUAUGUCCAGUGCUUCACUAUGUUUUGCAAAUAUUGACAAAGCUGUAUCAAAAUGAUAUUUUGUACUGCGUUGAUUCUGUGAGGAAGGAAGUGUUUAAAUCAAAGAAAAUUAGCUUGCAAAA